CUUAUCUACUGAGAAAUUCGCAAAUGGAAACCUCACUGUCCUUCUCUUCAAUAACUUUCAUUCCCAGUGGCUUUUUGUGUCUCAAAAUGAUCCCACUUCGAACCAUCGCGUUGUCAUGUUUGGCCCUGGCCCCUGUGGCUGUCUCGGCUGGCGCCUGUAAGCCUAGAUCCACGGAUCUUACAACGGCCGCCUCCUCCACUCUAGAGACCGCGUCGUCAUCCGAAGCCUUGCAGUCGACGGUGACCGAUCUGACAACCACAAUCGCUUCAACGGUCGAAACAACAGUCUCAUCCAUAAUCGAGACGACAACAGAGGCAUCUACCAUCGAGACAACCUCCGAAGCUGCUACCACUACUUCCAGCGCACCAUGCCCAAGCUACACCCAAAUCAUCCCGCCUCCCAGCGGUAAAGUCUGCGGAAAGGAAGUUUCUAGAGGAACUCUUGACUCCUCACCUUUGUACCUCAGAUCUCAAUUGUCAACGACUGGUCUCACCGGAUGCGCCAAAUACUGUGGAGAUACCCCGGGCUGUGUUUCUUUCUAUGCGGAAGAUUAUGUACCCGGCCCAGGUGCGCCGACAUUCAAGAUCUGCUUCAUGUUCAAGGGCUAUGAGAAGGAUAUUCCCUUCGGCGAGGGACAGGAUGGUAGGCCGACGUACUACGAACAGGGCUGCUUCGCUUGUGUUCGUGAUGAAGCGCCUCAGCCGCCUAUCCCAAGUUAGGAGACGAGGUUAAAAGCGUUGGAAAUACCAGACCUAAAACAUAACUAUAAUGUAAUGAAAUGAAGAUAAUAGUAAUAUUUCUCAUCUCGAAUCAAUAUUUGAACGUAUG